GUAAUCCGAAACCUCACAUCUCCAGAACGACCAACAACAAAAAAAAGAGUCAGGCAGAGACAGCAGCUGGCUGUCAGCAGCAGAGUGGAGAGGAGCCAAGCGAGGAAAGAACCCCAAGCCAGAGAGGGGCAGGAUGGGGGGAGACAGCCGUGAAGUUUAAGAAGACAGAAAAACAACCACCGGAGGUGGAGGACAGUCCUGCGGCACUGUUGGGUGUAACACAACGUGAACAGUGCUGGCCAGGAUGUCUUCUGAAGGCUUUCUGAAGGAAAUACAGACCAUUGGUGAGAAGUUCCUGCUUAAGCUCCAGAAGCUGCCCAAGGCUGAACCCGUGGAGAUAGUGUCAUUUUGUAUUAUCCUCUUCUUUAUCGUUACUGUGCUGUCACUGAUGACCCUAGCCUGCAGCUGUUGCUGCUAUCGCUGCUGCUGCAAUGGAAGCCCUGAUCAGAGAGGCAGGAAGAUCCAGAUCCAGCCAACUGCUCAUGUGUGAAAUGCAUCAGGAGAAGACAGUGAAAGAGGACAUAGGAGCCACUGUGGCUGAAUGGCCUGGGAAUGACCCUCUCUACACUAACCCUCUGAACGGGCUGGUGGGAGUGAAUGAGAAUACGCUGCAGAGGUAGGGUAUGUCUUCACUAUCCGCCGUAUCGGCGGGUAGCAAUCGAUUUAUCUGGGAUCGAUAUAUCGCGUUGCGUUAAGACGCGAUAUAUCGAUCCCCGAACGCGCUCACCGUUGACGGGGAGCCCAUAGGGUGACCAGAUGUCCUGUUUUUAAAGGGACAGUCCAAUUUUUUGGGGACUUUUUCUUAUAUAGGCGCCUAUUACCCCCAACCCCGAUUUUUCACAGUUGCUAUCUGCUAACCCUAUGCAGAGGAGGAAAGUGGAUCAUAAGAUGGACUAGGUUGUUCUGCAAUGAUCACUGCCUGGGUCUGUGAUGUGGCCACAUAGGUAACAGUAUUCUGACAUCCUUGUCUCCUUGCCAUAGAAAGAAACAAAAACAGACUUUUCCCAAAGCGAACAUUGCAGCUGGGCUGGCAGAAAAUUCCAACAGGCUCAUUCUUUGUGAGCAAAGAGCAGCAAACCACAAAGAGCACAUGCAGACUGCCCUGGGGUUAGGAAGGUCCCCUGCUCUCUUGAUAAAUGACCUAAUCCAGUGACGUGGUGCUGGGCACUAGCAAUUCCUACUGUCAUCACUGGAGAUAUCCAUUACCAGCACCCGUCAGGAUCAAGCCCAAAGCAAGUAUGGCUUUUCCUUCCCUGUUCUACUUUCUUUAAAACCAUGAGUAAUAGAGUACGUGAAAUUUAACAGAGCCAUCCACUCAGAGCACAGCAUGACAUGAACUUUCAGCUGGCACAUGAGCUCAGAGACUGGAAGUACAGUUGGCAUCAAAUGCUCCCUGCUUUUAUUUUCUCAGUGUUACAAAGACAAGAAAACUGCCAAAGAGGAAAACAAUUAGACUAUGUGCAAUAUCCCUCAUACACUGAAGGAUGAAGGCAAGAGGGGAAAACCCUAACCCAAAUUGUUUUGUUUGCUUGCCCUGCCAGUAAUCAUUUUUUAAAAAAAGUUUUUAUUUAGAUCCUUCUCUUCCAUGAAAAAGUGUUGUUUUUUCUGCAUAUUGCAGGGUGAGUGUUCAGUACAGUGCAUGGGGCACUGAAGCAGAUGUACAAAUCCCCAUUAUUAUUCAUGGGAGUAGCAUGCCUCGCUCCCUGCACUAAAGAUGGCCGGUGUGUAGUUUAUAUUAACGGCAGCACAUGUUUAAGGUAUAUUUAUUCACACAUGUAUUUCAGAGAAAGAAUAUACAGUGAGGGCAGUGUUAAUUCAGGAUAUACGUGCAGCAGCUGAGAGAUGGCAUCAUGACAAGUGGUGGAGCAAACUGGAGCCAAGCAAACUGUACCGCUAAAGUGCAAAUAAAUACCUUUUCAACACUGCAGCCACUGUGUAAAUUUGGUUUAUAGUCCAGGGAACUUCAAAAGGAAGUUACAUGUGUAUAAAGUCUGCAGCAUUGGGCCCGAAAUUUGUAAUUAAGGGUAGGAAAGGAGAAGAAAAACUACUCCCCUUUCUCAGUAAUCCGUUAGUUAAAAGAGGUUUAAUUUUUAAAACUGAAAGCAAUUAUGCCACAAUAUGAACUGAUCACCUUUAAGAGAAAUUAAAACAAGCCCAUUCGGAGUUAAGAGAGUGUAAACAAAUCUUCUACUCGCAUUUUGCAUUUUGACUACUAUGAUUGAAACAGCCAAAUGGACUACAUACAUAUCUACAGUGCCAGAGUUCAGCUAAGGUGGGCUGAGUUACAAAGCUUUGAAUAUGAUGCUUUUUUAACACUUGCUGACACUUCUGUAAAAAGGGGCAAUGAAAAGAGGGAAAAUAUUUAAAAGAAUCCCUUACCUAAAUUACUAAGAGCACCCUAGAUUAUUAACAAUAUCCUCUGUGUGUGUGUAUGUGUACACACACACACACACAAAUACACACACACAAAAUCAACUAGUUUACUUUUCACCACUUGUGUUGUUUAGCUUUUUGUUCUUCACUCAAUUAGAUUUGUCCAUUUUGCAUCUGAGUUCAUUCUCAUACUUUGGAACAAUUCUGGAAGCUGCCAACAAUGCAGAGGAAUGUUUAGAUUAAGAAAAAACAAUACCGCAGCAUUUCAAUUGUGCAAAAAUAAAAUGCAUUGUAAUAGA